AAAGAAGAAGAUGUUCGCUCGCCAUGUGGCUGACGUGAACCACUGGUAAACACGGAGCUGUCUUUCCAUCAAUCUCAAGACGAGUAGCGUGUGCGGUGUUAGUCAUCAUGUCGUUUUGUUUUAACUUUAACGUUGCAGCACAAACAUCGAACCCGGGUGACGUCGUUGGAAAUGAAUUGGAAAAUGGAAAGAAACAUAUUUCUGCUAAACCCACUGAAAACACAACGAAACCAGCAGAGCCAGUAAAGGAGGCCAAAAAACACCUUCCGCCAUCGGACCCACAGUUCCUCCUUAUGGAUGCUGUGUUUGAAACGGUUACCAUUGGAAGUCUUCCUCCUCUUCACUUCCUCAACGAGACAGUUUUUGAAAAGACGGCCUCGGAGAGAGAGGACGAGGAGAAAAUUCUCUCCCGCACCGCAGAGCAGAAGUCUGAUCUCAUCUCUGGUGUUUACGAGGGAGGGCUGAAGGUGUGGGAGUGUACUUAUGACCUUCUGGAACUGAUUGAGAAACACGGAGAGACGUUCAGAGGGAAGGCAGUUUUAGAUUUGGGCUGUGGUGCAGGACUGCUGGGGAUACUGGCACUGAAGAGGGGAGCCAGACAGGUCCAUUUCCAAGAUUAUAACAGUACUGUUAUUGAACAGCUCACUGUGCCAAAUGUAAUACUAAACUGCCAAGAGGACGAUGAAGUAGCUGGUAGAGAUGACAAAGAAGGCAGGGGAGGGGGGAAAACACAGGAGGAAGGUGGUUGUGAUAAGACGCUGAUAGAGAAAAAGGAGGUAAAGGAUAGCGACCCGCCUUGUAAAAAACGAGCCACAGACCUAUCCCAUCACCCACUGGUAGCCAAGUGUUCCUUUUUCUCUGGUGACUGGAGUACGUUUCUUGCUUUGCUCUUGAAGACUGUUUCACCUCCCAAGUAUGAUAUUAUAUUAACCUCAGAGACAAUCUACAACACUGCGUACUACGCUGUGCUACAUGACACACUCCACGAACUGCUGGCACCAGGCGGACUCGUCUACCUCGCCACCAAAUCUCAUUAUUUUGGAGUGGGUGGUGGACUGCACCUGUUUGAGACUUUUGUGGAGCAGAGGGGGGUUUUCUCUGUGGAUCACCUGUGGGAUGGCGAAGAAGGACUUCAGAGGCAUGUUGUAGCCAUGCGCUUUAAAACUGCAAGUAGCUCUUGAUCAAGUAGAGAGAAAUGACUCUGUCGUCUGAGCUACUAAUUAGAGCAAGUGUGAAUAAAUGUUUGUUUUUUGAAUCAAGCUUGUAUAUUUACUGUUUUGUACAAAGCUUGAGAAGCUAUAAUACAUGAGAGCGGCUGUGGUAAAACAAAGAAAAGCUGUAAUAAAAAUGCUGUCUCAUCUUCA